GCUGAAAUGUAGAAUGGUGGGUGGAAACUCAACUGGCGAAAAUAGACGAUACAUGGAUGGGAUUUUUCCACCGAAUCUGGACUCCUCAGUUAUGCGUUUAACGUUCGUUGAAGCGGAUACUAUAGUCCUUCGCAUAGCGGCGCGCGUGUUGGUGAUAGACAAAGUGCUGAUUUAAGGGAAAAACUAGUGGUCAUCACGGCCGACGGUUGACGGUGUCCAAACGUGUUCAGUAUGGAUUUACUCAGAAGGCAAUCAGAAGCGUUGCUAUCAUCAUUAUAGGUUCAGCGUAUAUUGGUGAUACUUUUGUCGAAUUAAGUGGGCACCAUUAACAAGGUCGAACGGUGUCAGGGGAAGGUAUGUUUUCCAUCCAGGUGAUAUAAUCGAAAUCAAAAUAUUAUUAAAAGUGAAUAAAAACUGAAAAUUGAGAAUAAUGCGAGUACAUCUUGCAUUAUUUAGUGCAUGAAUAUCAACCACCGGCAGAUGCAGUUAAAGCAGAAGCACGUUGACCCGGUUUUCCAGGUUUACCGAAUGCUCCGGCCAGGUGAAUCAGUGACCGAAGUGUUUUGAACCGUGAUUAGUGUACGAAGAAAAACACAUACACAUGAGCCCGAAUUUUACCAAAUAAAUUCAUGUCGUUCAACUGGCAAUCCUAGAAUGUUCACUCCCGCAACAAUUGAAAUACCACCUUAGAGUCUCAAAGGCGAAAGGAUUAUCGUUUCGGUUAGAAGUGCGAAUCAAAGCUGCAAACAACUAAUGAAAGUACAAUUGCUGUUGUAAUUGCGACCAACCUACAGACGUUAUGCCAAUCUCGAGGGUCGUCUUGUGUGUUUCGGUGAAGGGGAGAAAAUCACUUUUUUCUUGAGUGGCUACGGAAAGCCGACAAAUUAUUCUACCUACACCUGUGUACGAAGUGGAAGGCUACUGGAAAAUUGUUAUUGAUGUAGUGAGCAUUAUAAUAAAAUAUGGAAAUUUAAAUAGUUUGUUUACUGAAACUACAGCUUGGCAAAGAGUUGGUAGUUUGCCGGAACAGCAAAAAUUAUUGAAAUUAACACGAAACCAUUAAUUAAAAUAUUUCACUGUCUAUCAUCCUCGAACUAAUACACCAUCGGCAACUUUAAAAAAAAAAUCUGUACACCUUGAAUUCGAUAAGUUUGAUUUUGAUUGCGCACUUGUCAUCCCGAAGCAAAAACAAAAGAAAAGCUCAGAACAGAACAAACCACUUGCCAUUAUAACCACUAUAUCUGAUUCCUGGUGUUGAUAAAUGUGCAGGAUGUAUCGUCGUCCCGCUCGGAAUUAUCGCAUCGAAAACCGCCAUAAGCAGCCAUCAAAACGGGGAUAAGGAUUCAUAAAAGUGUCGUUAGACAAGUCAAAACCGGAUAACCAUCGGAUAACAGUGAAAGCAAUGCCGCAUACAAAACGUAGACCAUCUGAGGUGAUUUUGAAUUGCUUUAUCUACGUUUUCGUACCGUUCUGCUGAAAACCUGCAUCCUAGCGCUGUAGCCACGGUAGGACACUACAGUUGGGACUGGUGGAAUGAUUGUCACCGCUUUCAUGGCGGUUCACCUGCACUUCUGUGAAGUUGAUAGAGUGUGUUCAUAGAGAAGUUGAGCCAGGAAAAUCUUUUCCGUCACAAAAAAAAAAACAAUUGCAUUCGAAUCGACGCGGCGCCAACGGUCGAAAGAAAAUAAACUCAAAAGCCACUCUCGCAUCCAGUUUGGCCAAAACGGAAAAUACAUAAAACUAAUAAUCACUGCAAAUGGUUACAGGAGUGACAGAGGAGCAGCAGAGUCCUAGGAACGGUGAUCAAAUGGAGAUGAAAUAAUGAGUGGUGAGGGUGGUGAAAAGAAAUCAUAUUCAAUCUGGUACAGCCAUAGCAGGGGGAGGCAAAAAACUACCGCCCGAAAGUUCACUGCUGGUAGCGCGUUGAGUGUGAUCUAAGUGGCGGUUGACCCGGUUGCCAUUCGGAAUAGUGGAACUCCAAGUGCUAGCGUGGAAUAAUGACUAUUUUUUGAAAGUAUACAGUGAUAGAGAGAGGAAGGAGUGAGGCGUGGAAAAAAAAUUUGAAAGUAGCUCUUAAAAAUUAAUUUAGCGCAAGCUGGCUUUUAGUGAAGUGGUGCAAUUAUUCUGAAUAAAAUAUGUGGAAACACGGAUGCCACGAGCAUACGAUGCUGAGUGUGGCUAUGCUAGUGACGACGGUGAUGCUUCUGGGCAGUACUUCGCGGGCUCAAAUAGACUGGGCAGAGGACGAUGAUGAUCCAGUAUCGACGACGACUGUGGAAGCCGUGCUCGGUCGAACGGCAACCCUGCCCUGUGAUAUUACUCCGGAUGAAGCAAACGAUCGCGUUUACAUGGUGCUGUGGUUCCGCGAAAGUGCUGGAAAGCCGUUGUACAGCUACGACGUCCGAGGGAGACAAUAUUCGAAGGCACUUUAUUGGUCGGAAACCGCUGCGUUCGGACCGCGGGCAUAUUUUGUGACGGUGUCGAAACCGGCGGCCCUCACCGUAGACAACAUCCAGUUGGACGACGAAGGAGUGUAUCGAUGCAGGGUGGAUUUCCAGAACUCCCCAACUCGGAACCACCGGAUAAAUCUAACAGUAACAGUUCCUCCCCAUCAAAUUCUAGUAUAUGACGCCUCGGGACGCGAUGUAGCUGGAGCAAUAGGACCCCUCCAAGAGGACGACAAUUUGGUGCUAACAUGUGAAGUUAGAGGAGGUCGUCCGGAACCAACCGUUUCGUGGCUCAAUGGUGACGAGGUGAUGCAAACAGGCGGUGGCGUGUCGAUGGGCCGGCAUGUGACUGUAAAUCGCCUGGAAAUACAGAAAAUAACGCGCACAGCACUGAACAACACGUACAAAUGCCAGGCGUCCAAUACGAUUAUGGUGCCGCCAGCGGAACGGAGUGUCCGAGUCGAAAUGCUACUUAAACCGGUAUCAACGUUUCUGUCGUCUAAACCGAAACAAUUAAUAUCAGACCAGGAGUACGGCUUAUCCUGUGAUGUGGAAGGAUCAGUACCAGACACCGAGAUUAGAUGGAUGCAGAACAACCGACCAUUCACCAAAGGAAAAAUUCAAACGGUGACCAACAGUUCGACCACAACAUCGGUGCUAACAUUUCGACCUCAUCCGGAUGACGAUGGUACAAUUCUAAAGUGCGAGGGUUCUAAUCCGAGAUUACAGAACUCUGUCCUGGAGGAUUCGAUCGUCAUGAACAUUAUGUAUCCUCCGCAAGUGACGCUCUCCCUAGGAUCAACGUUAAAUCCGGACGAUAUUAAGGAGGGUGACGAUGUGUACUUCGAGUGCCACAUUAAGGCAAACCCAAGAGAGCAUCGCAUUACAUGGUCUCACGAUGGUUUACCAGUGACACAGAACGUGACAUCGGGGGUGAUUAUUUCGACGCGUUCGCUAGUGCUGCAGAAGGUUGGCCGUUAUCAUUCCGGAAUGUACGCCUGCUCUGCCGCCAACGACCGAGGCGAGACUCAGAGUGAGCCAGUGACGCUCAGGAUUCACUUUGCGCCGGUUUGCGCCUCCAGCAGUAUCAUGAUUGUCGGUGCAUCACUGGACGAAACGGUCGCAGUUCCGUGUCAUGUAGUGGCCGAUCCGCUGGACGUUUCGUUCGACUGGAACUUUUCCAACAGCGGCGAGCGCUUCGAGGUGACUAGCGGUCAGUUCAAUCUGCUGCAGGACUUUCAUUCGUCGGACGGAAGCCUCACCGGAGUGUCACAGCUGUACGACGGAGCGGAAGAAAGCUCAGAAACCAUUUACGAGCUCCCUUACACGCCCAAAAGCGAAAGAGAUUACGGUACGCUUGCUUGCUGGGGGAAAAACUCGAUUGGCAAGCAACUUGAGCCAUGUCUCUUUCAAGUUGUACCUGCAGCAAAACCAGCGCCUUUGCGAAACUGCACCCUACGUCCCUACUCUACGCUGUUAGCCAGCCAGAGUUCUUCAUCCAAUUCAUCUGCAGCGUCAGCAUCUUCGUCUUUGUCGUCAUCGUCGUCGUCCUCAUUCUAUUACGGAUCGGCUGUAGGAGGCGACACAGAAACAGUCGGAGUCUCCGGAUUUUCGUCGUCUUCGUCGGCAUCUAAUGGGGCCACCAUAGGUCAGCAUUAUAGAGAAUCUAAUUAUAUCAGCACACAAUUCGUUAAAGAUCGGAACGUGUCAAACGAGCAGACGAAUAUUACAAAAUUUAAUCAGAAAAGUACGUCUCACGCUGGCAGCAGUGGUUCGGUAUCGAAAAGACGUGAACAGAUCAAACAGAAAAAUGGCACCGUUGGUCAUGGUGGCGGUAGUAGCAGUGUAGCCGGAUUGGGUGGUAGUUACGGAAGAAUUAGUGCUGCUAGUCAUAAUGUGGGAUUAACUUCGGAUGAAACGAGCGACGCGUUAGAAGAAGCUGCCGAAAGGGGGAUGGUACGACUGGCUGCCGAAAUAUCAUCAUUCGCAACAUCCGCUUCAAAAGCAGCCGUAGCAGAAUCGGCGGUCGCUGGAUCGUUUAGUUUUUCAUCGUUGGCCCCCCCAAUCGGAGGGGGCAAAAGGAGAAAAACAAUAUCAAGUGAUGAAAGAAACAGCGGCGCAAAUUUGUUCAGCACUGUAGCAUUGGUGGGCGAAGGCUCCUAUUCUGGCGAUGCGAGCAGAACAAGAGCAGCGGAGGAAUCGCCAGUUGCUUCUAAUCACCGACUUGCGAAAAGGGAGAAGCGGUUUAAUGAAAAUCUAGCAAAUCAAAUAAAUAUAACACAUUUCGAUGAUGAUGAUAAUGAUGAUGAAAAUUUCAAUAGCACCGGUAUCAGAAAUCAGGAUGGGAACGAUGAAAAUACUAUCGGAUCGGUUAGCAGUAGCAGUGGUAGUGACAGUCGUAUUGCAAGCAAAAGUAGCAGUAUUACCGGAAGCACUACUGCUGACCGGCGAACUGCAACCAAUAUUAAAGGAAAUAAUCAUCAUGCCACGGAUUGGCAUGAACCAACUGCAGCGAAAUUGACAUCGAACAAUGCUCGCUCCAAUCGGUAUCACUCGAUGGAACCUGGCGGUGUCGGCAGUGGUAACGGAGGAGUGAAAAAGGCAGAUACAGGUGCUUCAAAGUACAAUCCGGGAUCUAGCAUACAUUCAUUUAGCCAUUAUAUGGACAGCGUUGAGGUGCCAACAACAAUGGAACUCGAGUGUGUGGCAGGAUAUGACGGUGGAUUACCGCAACAUUUUUUCCUGGAAGCCUACGAUUCGAGAACUCGGAAGCUCCGGUUGAACAUCACAAGUGCGCUUAACGAUGUGCCGUUGUUUCGAAUUGAUUUGUCAGAUUUAAUCCCCAGUGAUUCCUUCACGCCAACCCUUCACUUGAUUGCUUACAGUGUAAACCAGAAAGGACGUUCGGAACCAACGAUUCUCGAGGACAUUGCGAUUAAUGAAGCUGAAAAAAGAACAGAUGGAACAGAUGGAUUUUCAAUUCUGCCCCUAGCAGCACUUCUAACUGGUGCACUGUUCACGAUCGGAAUCGCUGUACUGCUGGUAGUGGUACUGGCCAUACGAAGGAAACGUGAUGGCCAUGGUACUGGGUUAUGCGACGGAAAGGAGAAACACAUGGCAGGCAUGGAUAUCACUGUGACCACACCACUGGAGAUGGGCAUGGGUCAGCAGAAGUACGUGGUCGCCUACACGCUUAAGCAGGGUGUUGAAAAGCAGCCGGACAUACUGAACGCACAGAAAACCCAAGGCUCAGCCAGUAUGCAAUCGAUAAAGGACAUUCAGAAGAUGGGUUCCCCGCUGGGCAUAAGACCGGAUGCAUUGUGCAACACCGGAAUGGUAGGAGGUGGUGGUAGUAGUGGUAUUGCAGGAACAAAACAAAGCACAAUUUAUGCCACACAAAGCUACGACCAAAAAUCGACACCUUCCAGCCGACAGAGCACAUUAAAGAGGAAUGAUACGUCUAACACGUAUAGUUUGCUACAGCAGCAACAACCACAUCAUCUCCAGAGUAAACCUCCACCCUCGGCCACCACAACUGGUCUACCGCAGUAUUCCACAAGCUAUGCUUCCGGUGGUGAUCUAUUGGAUUACGAGAAACCGUAUGGUUGUUCCACACUUCCAUAUAAUCAAGUCUCUCCACCCCUGGCAGAUCCCUACUGCUACAAAAGCUCUCCCACAGAUCCAGUCGGGCGGUCGGACUAUGACAAAAAUCUUGACUACAGACUGCUAAACAUAUCGCAUGAGAUAAAAAAUAGUUCAACCGCCAACCAUAUCGAAUAUAGGAACAAUUUAAACCAAAACAGUAGUAAUAAUCAGCUAUUCGGUGUCAGUAGUAAUAGUGUCAGUUGUAGCAGGUCUCAGGUAACGAAUGGAAGUGGCAAUCCGGAGUACCGGUAUUCCGGAUCGGAGUUCGCCACGGACCUAAUGGAUUUUAGCAAUGUUCCGUCGCCCUCAUCUUCAAGCAACACGGGGGCGACGCUAUCGAAAAAUCGAAAUCGACAGCACAUAAUCACAGAUACGUUACCAGGACCGGAAAGUUGUGUGUAGAGUUAUAAGUAGCUCCAAUAUAGCAUAUCUUUUGUACAGUAGAGACGAUUUUACCAACAGAUUCAGCCAGUUAUUGCUAUUCGCGCCACAUAAGCCCGUUGUCGUUUGCUUAUUUAAUAAAAAAAACGCGACUGUUGCUUUUCUAAAUUAUUUCGAUUAGCAACAAAAAAAAAAUUUUUUUUCUGCCGAAUAAGGACAGAAUCAGCUCUCGUGUUACGUUUUGCUUUAGUGCAGGGAUGUAUGUUGCGAAGGAACAAAAAUUCUGUUGGAACUCGGUUGGAGCCUGACUUGAUGGACAAGACAUUUUACACUUUUUAGAUGAUACACAUUUACAGAAUAAAAUCAGUUCAUAUCAUUUGCAUGGCGCAUAUCACGAACAAUUAAAGCUGAGAAUAUCUGACUGCUAAGAAAUCAGUCAUAUCCGACGAAAAAAGUCUUCCACAAUGAACAUAGUAGGAAGUUGAUAUCAAAACAUGAAGCACUGUGAAAAUAUAUAAUUUAUCUUUUCUUUAAAUAGAAUAUUUACUAGUUCAACCAAGUAGCUAAUUAUUGUCAAGCACAUAGGCAUGUUUAUGUAUAAAAUUAUCCAGCAGCAAUUUGGGAUUACUUUCAAAAUUGAACACAACCUACAUUCAUACAUACUAAAUUAAAGAGUGAGCAUCAUAAAGUACAUUAGAUGUAUUUUUCAUUAAUUCUAUUUUUAUUAUUAUCUAACAUUAGUUAUGGUAUAGCGAAUUUAGAGCAGGAAUGGCAAACUGAAACAAAACUAAUAUCACAAUAAAACUAACAAACAUCAUGGUAAAACAUAUAUGAAAAAGUAAAGAAUUCUUUGCCCAACGGAUGGAAUUGUGAUUUUCAGUGUACAUGUGAUUCAAAUGAUUUGAAAAAGGCGGAGCAUGUAAUUCUGUUUCAUUUCGAAUCCAAAUAGAGGAACGGAUAAAGCGUGAUGGGUUAGUCGAUGCCUUUCAUGCAGCCCGCCUGGGUUCGAUUCCCAACCCCGCACAUAGGGUCAGAAAAUUUUUCAGGCCCGAAGAGGCGAAUGACUUUAAGGUUAAAACCUCUAUAAUAGAAACAAAAAAAAAAGAAUCCAAAUACUUUAAAAUCGGGAUUACUUGCAGUAGGGCUGUCCAAUAAAAAAAAUUCAUUUCCGCAGGUAUUUUAUAGUAUUCUCCAAAGGGCGUAAAUGCGGACAAUUGGAAUGGACUUUUGUGCUAUUAGACGAAGUCGAUUUUAUUGUGUGCCAUAUUCAGGCUAAAGCUUCACAAGACUUUCUAGGCUUGAUUCUAAAUCAUAUCUUUUUUUUUAACAUGACUAAAAUCGAGUCUACCAUAGAUUUUGUUGUUCAUGAAACAGCUGUUUUUUGUAUACUUCGUCAAAACUUGAUAAAAAGAAUCUUUAAGUUUUGGCUAUAUAGAUUGCGAUUUACCAUCCAGUUCGUUUAUUUAGAAAUUUUUCCAUCGAACUUCAUUCGUUUUCGCAAUAAUAAAUUGGAUGGAUGUUUUGAGCCCUUGAAGCCUUACUCUUGUAAUUCUGCUAUCGACUAAGAACAUCCCCUACACACUUGGAAAAAACUUUGUAAUUUUACAUCUGAUAAGAUGCACAUAACUGGAGCGUCGCAUUUCAUGUAAAUUAACAUUCAAGAACAUGUACAUGAAUUCAUCGAAAUAAAAAAAAAAUACUGGUAGGGAGAGCAGUGACUUGAACCGAGAAUCAUUGGAUCAUAGAGGACGUCCAUUUAUUGACUGAGCCACAGAAGCACGCAUCUGUUUGGCUGGUGCAUAUAAAUUAGUCGCACUUGCUAGACGAAUCUAAAUUACAGUUGGAACCAGUAAAAUUCAGUCUCAUCCAACAUCAAGCCAUCACAAAUGAAAUUUUCCGUCAUUUAACAAACUACAUCACCUGUAAAAUUCAGUUUCUUUUGUGUGUACAGCAGAAAUGACAAUUGUAAGCUUUUCGCAAUGUUUUGAAUUAACAAUUUUGAUAAGAAUAAGAGUUCCUUUUUUGGUUUACGUUGUAGCAUAACGCUUUGAGUACUGCACGUAUGAAGACAAAAUAUUGGAAACAAAUCGCUGUCAAAACAUGUUAAAUCUUACCAACAAAGACACUGGUAUAGAGUAAAUAAAGUGUCCGGAUGAUAAAUUAACCGAACUUCUAUAGCAUAAAUCAACUUCGCUCUACAUUUUUGCAUCCUGGCCAGGGCUAAGAAAAUCAUAGAACAUAGAAUUGGAUUUGGGAUCUAAUAUCUUUGUUGAGAAAAACCAAAGAAUCAGGCUUAAGUAUCACUGAAACCAAUUAGUUAUGUUACCAAAUUCUUAUUAAAUAAAUGUGAUCACCGCCCAGAGAUGAAUUAUUGUUUUCCAAUCGAAUUGACCGGGUCAUGAAACGAUUAUAAUAUAUUUAUGAUUAUGUACAUGAAAAUAACACAAUUGAACAAUAGAAGAAUUCUUAGAAACUACUGCUUAUUACUGAGCUUAAUGAUUUUAGCAAAUCAUUUAUGAUGAACAGGCGCGUACCCAGAAAAAAAUUUCGGGGGGUGUUUCAGAACAUGUUGAUCAAUUUCCAUACAAAUGGAACUUUUUAUAUAAUUUGAAAUUUUUUUAUUGUGGAGUCGUUUGUUGAAAAUUAUUCAUUUUAUUUUUUACUUAUUUGAAAAAAAGAGUUUACAUAAUAUCAUACUUUUUUGAGUUUCGGAGGGGGUUUGAACUCCUAAAACACCCCCCUGUAUACGCGCCUGAUGAUGAAGAUCAUGCAAGAAAGCUUUAAGAAAUGUAUAUACGAGUGAGAAUUACGAAUUUUACAUUAUUAGGCUAAUGAUGCAUCCUAUAUUGGCCAUUCCAUGCGCGGAGUACAUGUUUUAUAAACCAAUAGCCAUCGUAUUUUCGAGCUCCGACCUGGAAGGAUUCUUAGUUUCUGCAGCACAACAGCUUCAACCCUACAAUGGUUCAAUAGGCUAAUAAUCGUCUGCAAAGUGUGUUGAAAUAAAAGGUUAAAUUUCACGAAAGGAAUUUACCACUAAAGCUUCACUUUGGGAAAUAAUGGACGGUGAAAGGGCAUUAAAACAGAAGUUGUUAAAUAAUAUUGAAUACAGAAUAUUUUGCAUUUCGAUAGAGGUGUGACCAGUGUAAAGCAGACUUUCAUAUCAUUCUAUUUUCAAAAAAAUUCCACCGCUGAAAAAACUAGAGCAAAUCUGGGAGUUUUAGGCAUUAUGUGGAAGUUUUAUCGGGUAUUUUAGCAAGAAAUAACUUUCGGUACCGGAAUUACAAGACAGUUUAUGUAAAAAUCGCUAUUUCAUGAUCUUGUAAAGAGCAACAAUUUUCCUUAAACGGGUUUCCAAAUUUCUCUAGUUUAUAGGAAGCAUCAUGUUAGCAGAUGACCAAAUAUGCUCACUUGAGUCAUAUCUGUACCCAGUCUCUGAAACUGAACUCAUACUGAGUUCUUAGAGAUGGUUGGGCCGGUUUUCUCAAGCUCAAAAUCUAAUGAAAGGCCUGAAACUAUUUUAAGCACACUCUAAAUUAAAAGGUCUCACUUUCGAUUGUGAAGAUAAAAUGGAGAUGAAUUUUAAAAAUGUCAAACCUUCGUUCAAAGUGACGAUGGAAAGAACGAAAAAACUUUUCGAAACUGAGCUGAACACUAUUUCAACUUGUAGAUCCUGUUAGUUGAUUGGAAUUUUGGCAAUAACAGAACACACUUUUUAGUUCCGAAAAUAUCGGAAAUAGUGGUCAAACAUUCCCAAACAGAACUCAUUCUGGUUUUUCUGUAAUGGUUAAACUAAUUUUCAAAAACUUCGUUUUUAAUAGUCACAUGUGUUACUAUUUUUUUAGAACGUUUAUUUACACCUAGUUGAGGUCGUUGAAUUUUAUCCCGAUCAGACCUCCGGUUCCGAAAUAACAGCUCAAUUAGGGCUUAAAAUUCAAACUUUUCGUUUAGAGCGACGAUGCGCUAAACGUAUGGGAUAUUUUUAUACAUAUUUUUUGUUAUAUUUAUUACAAUAUGGGUUAAACUUAAAUUGAGCCGAUCUUUUAAAUAAUUUUUUUUUGAGUUGGAUCUCGUUGUCACCCUUUUUCUAGGGGGAGAGGAGCUUCCAUUUCCCUCCUGCGUGGAUUGAGGGGCAUUUCGUUCGUGGUUCGUCUCGUCAUCCAUUGCCGCAUCGAUGGUAUUGUUGUCGAUUUCCGUCUUCUUUUCGUUGCUAGUUACUGUAGAUGCACCUUGUUGUACAUAAGUUCCAGUGGCUGGUUGGUUGGAGGGUAAGUUGUUAACUGCAGCUGGUGUACUUUGUUCUAUAGGGGAUGAUGAUGGAUUCGUUGAAGGGGAUGCUUCAUUGUUGUUGGUGGCUGUCACAGAUGUACUGGGUUUGCUUGGGGUUGGUGUGAAGGAAGCACAGUUGUCCUUUGGUGUGGUUGUCUCCUUGUCCAGUUUAUAACAUGGCUUACCGUAGUGAACAGCUUUUUGGCAAUAUUGACAUGUGGCCAUUUGAUUGUCAUAGGUAACAAGUGAUUUGAACGAAAUUCUUGCAUCUUUACCGAAAAUCACAUAAGAAGGUAUAGCCUUCUUCAAGUGUAUGCGUAAUAAACGUACGCCAUUUAGAAUACCGGAGAAAAAAUUAUUCCACUUUUCUUUUUCGAUAGAGAGAAUCUCUCCGUAUUGGGACAUAGUUUUGCGAAUAUAUGAAUCGGUGACGCUUGAGUGAAGAUCAUGCACACGCACUUCUAUAGCACUAUCUUCCAUAUAUACUGGAAUGUUGUUCUUAAUGUUCUCGUGCUCCACAUAGUGCACAUUGUUAUUGUCUUUUGCGAAUUGAAUUGCAUCCAACUCUUUAUAAAAUUGGAUGUAAACAAUAUUAUUUGUCUUAUUGCAUUGAAGUAAAUGCACACGUUUAAUGUCAAGAUGCAUUUGCUCCUUAAGCAAACCUUCAAGUUCUCGUAUCGAAGGUCGAAUUUUGCACUGCCUGAAGUCAACAACAAUUGUAUUCUUUCGUGUCGGCGGCUUUUGUUCGUUUGGUUCCGAACUGUGUUAUGAUUUAUGUUGGGUGUUCAGUCACAAGUGGUGACUUUUUUGCCCUAUUAUAUACAUGAUUUGGUUAUUACCAUUAAGACAUCGUUUGCUUCCGCAAUUCUGUAAUUUUGUGAUAGGUAAAAUUGCAAACCUACUUGUAAUGUGUACUGGGGUAAAACCAGCUUAUACAGUAACUAACUAACUGACACAGGGAGCGUAUCGAUUUAGUUGAAUAUUGCAUUAAUUUUUGUCGGAGUUUGCUUAUAAUAGUAUGUGACAGUACAUCUAAUGGUUCUAUAUUUGUGAAUCUGUGUAACUUAUUUGUACUAAACUAGGAAGGGCGCUUCAAAAUCAUUUUCGGUAUUUCAUUCGGAAUCCUUUGCAGUGUUUUCUUCCUGGCAGAACAACAACUUGACCAAAUCGGUACUGCAUGAAGCAUGGCUGGUCUGAAAAUUUUUUUAUAAAUUCAUAAUUUGAUCUUAUUUUAAAUUAUUUAACAUUUAAUAUAUUUAUUGCACUUCGCCUGGAUUCUUUCCAUGCGAUCCUUGGAAGUGAGUUUUUUGUCAUACGUUAAACCUAAGUAUUUUGCUUGAUCAGACUAUACCAAUUCCAAGCCAUUUCAUUUGAUAGUGUGAUUAUUGUUUGGUUCAGAAAAGAUGCUCUAGGAUUAUAUGUUUUUCCAGCAUUUGGCGCAAUUUUGAUUCUGACAGAUAACCAUAAUACACUUAAGCUUCUUAGUAGGCGGCUACAGGCCACUUGUAGAUUUCUAUCUGUAGCUAACAGACUUGUAUCGUCACAUAAUAGAGAUAUCUGACAAGAUUGGGAAGAUCAGAAGUGAAAAUAUUAUACAAAAUGGGAGCUGCGAAUUCUUCUUUCUGGAGAUUGUCAUCGAUGAUAAGAGAAUUUAAUUCAGUUAGAGCUUUGGGAACUGAAAGAUUCUCACAUAAUUUUCAAUGUGAAAUCAGUAUUCAAGCCAAUUAGCUCCAUGAUAAUUGAAUAUAGAAUUUAUUGGAUUAACCAUAGCUUAAUUAGAAAAUCUGAAUGUUACAGGAAGAUGAUCUGAGUCAAAGUCAGCAUGAGUAAUCAGUGCGAUACAAAUGUGACUAUGAUCUGUUAGAACCAGAUCGAUUGUAGAGAGAUUUGCUCGCGAACGUGAAACAAAUAGAAUAGAAUAGUGGGUGUCCAAAAGGCGAAAAAAGGGUGUCCACUAUAUUGACAAUGUAAAACGAAUUCUGACAGGCUCGUGCGCAGAAAUCAAUUAAGGGGGGGGGGGGUCAAUUUUGUCGAACAUUUUUUAGCGAAAACGAUAAAAGAAAUAGUUCCCCAUGUGAGUAUUGGGCUUUACUCUAGAGGAAAGAUGCGCGUUAUUGAGAGCGGUGGUAGUCGGUAGUCGGGCACGCACUAUACAAAUGCGUAACAUCGAUGACUGCAUUUCCAGUAACACUUGACAGAAAGUGGGAAAGGCACCAAAAUUUGAAAAAGAAAGUUGCGUCAUCCACAAUAUUGAAACUGUAAAAAAAUUCUGAAAACGUAGUAUGAAUUUUCAAGUUAUUUGCACUUUAAUAUAAUAAGUACUCCAUUGUUCAUGAAACUUAAUUUUAAAAAAAUUCUUCAUGGGGGGAGGGGAGGUUUAAACCACCAAAGACCCAACCUCGCAGGGGGCGCACGGGCCUGACCAGCAGAGACUAGAUUAUGAAGUAUUUUUCCAUACCAGUUAUUUUGCCAAAAUUUCACUGAGUAUGUUUCGCCUUUAAGUACCCUUUUACGAAAAAUUUAGAUCUUUUGUUUAUUUGUUCAUCUGCGCAUUGGAAUGGCAAAUAUGCUGCGCGAUAACAUAGAUCUUAUUAACAGUUUCAUCUUCGAUCCCCAAGCUUUUCUAAAAUUUUAGAAUUGAAGGAAGGCAAAAUUUGAUGUUCAAUUUGCCGUUGGAAAAAAAUUACAACUUCACCAGCCAAUAAAUUAUUAUAAUAUUGUGCACAGUUCAAUUUCAUGAAUAAACGACUGUUUUGCGUUUAACGAUUAGCAACUGUAUUUUUUUCACGAUUUUCACUAAGCGCAUUGAAAGGGCACAUCAUUUUUGAAUCUUUUUCCACCUAGGCAUGUCAAUCAGAGAACAGAAUGUACCAUAUUAAAUCAUGGUGUUUUAGUAACGCCAUUUUUGUCGUAUACUUUUAAUUACUGUGAUUACGUGAACACUGUAAAUUACAAUGAAUACGUGAGAAUUGCUGGAAUAUUCGUUCCAUCACGACUAAUUGUAUUGUACUUGUUACUUAGAAUCGUUUAAAAUCCUCCGUUCAGCUGCCAAUAUAUGUUAAAAAUUUAGGUGCUUUCAUUUUACUUAUUCAUUUUAUAUCGUCCCAAAUUGCUGCAUUUACACGCGCCCGAAAACAAGCAGUAUUUUAGCAACGAUUCGUCAACAGACAAUACAACAACAAAAAAACGACUAAACUGAAAGAAUAACCAAUAUACCUAUCCAUAUCAGAAUCAAAGGAAGACCUAUGCUGUGAGUGAAUAUCAGAAGCCACUUUGCAGAAAUCUUCAAAUGGAUCCCAUUUAUCCCAACACAAAGAAUUGCAUUAAAUUGUGAAUUAUUUGAAUUUCAUUAUUGAAAAUAUCUCAUCCAACGAACUGAAAACUGUCCAGUCUCUUUGCAUUUUGUGGAUUAGAUUAUGAUACACUUGUUGAAAACGAGAAACAUACAUUAGAAAAUGUUGUGGUAUGUAAACAAUAGUUUUUGUAUUGUGUAAGUAGGCAAUAUGUAAUCAUGCGAUUCCUCGUAUAAGAUCCGUUCAACAACAAUUGUAAGUAUUCCAAUAGUUCAACCAGAACGAGAUACUCUCCUGUUUAGGGAAAUUUGUGUAAAAAAUGUACAGAAUAUUCAAUCGAGAGAAAUCCAGCGAAACGAACGAAACGAUAAAAUUAGUUAAUUGUAAACUGGAAUAUCAACAACCCACACUAUCGCGAAUAAGGCAAUAAAAACUUCGAUAAAUGCGAACAUUAGAAGCAAAUUCGGUAUAGCAAAUGUAAAUAGAACAAUUAUUUGGGAACUUUGCCGUGGUAUGUGCUUCGGGGUAGGGAUAUCGAAUAUGUUCUAAUAUCUGAAAUACAGAAAAAGAUAUGGUGUUUUUAUAUA